AUGACGGAUCGAAGCAAACGCUUGGAGAAAGUCCAUGUGGUUAUCGGACCAAAAUCAUGUGACUUGGACUCUCUCAUUUCUGCAUUUACAUAUGCUUACUUUCUAGACAAGGUCAGUCCCCCUGGCAUUCUAUGUUUGCCAGUGCUGAACAUCCCAAGAACUGACUUCAACUACUUCACUGAAACCAGGUUUAUUUUAGAAGAGCUGAGUAUCUCUGAAUCAUUCCACAUCUUCCGAGAUGAAAUUAAUCUGCAUCAGCUAAAUGAUGAAGGGAAAUUGUCUAUGACACUUGUUGGAGGCAAUGUGCUUGCAAGUGAAGACAAAACUUUGGAAUCAGCAGUUGUCAAAGUCAUCAACCCCGUGGAGCAGAAGGAUGGGGAGGUGGAGCUGCAAGAGCCUUCCUCUUCCCUCGUGCUGAAAGAACUGCUCCGGGAGGCUCCGGAGCUCAUCACUGAGCAGCUGGCUCAUCUCCUCAGAGGCAGCAUCCUUUUCAAGUGGAUGACCAUGGAUCCCGAUCAGGUCUCGGAGAAGCAGGAAGAGAUUCUUUCCAUCUUGGAAGAACAGUUCCCCAACUUGCCACCACGAGAGGACAUCAUCAGUGUCCUGCAGGAGACCCAGUUCAGUGCUCAAGGUUUAAAUAUUGAACAAAUACUGUUGAAAGAUCUAAAGGAACUGACAGAUGGAGAAAUCAAGGUGGCCAUUAGUACUGUGAGCAUGACCCUGGAGAGCUGUCUGUUACACAGCAAUGUUGCCAGUGAUUUGAAAGCAUUCACAGACAAGUUCGGUUUUGAUGUGCUGAUCUUGUUCGCCAGCUACUUGUCAGAGGAGCAGCAGCCACGACGGCAGAUUGCGGUGUAUUCUCAAAACCUGGAGCUAUGCAGUCAGAUUUGCUGUGAGCUGGAAGAGUGUCAGAAUCCUUGCCUGGAAUUGGAACCCUUUGAAUGCGGCUGUGAUGAGAUCCUAGUGUACCAGCAGGAGGACCCUUCUGUGACUUGCGAUCAGGUGGUUCUCCUCAUCAAGGAAGUCAUCAAUAGGAGAUGUCUGGAGAUGGUCUCCAAUAGCCGGACUUCCUCCACAGAAGCAGUGGCAGGAAGUGCCCCCCUCUCCCAGGGCUCUUCUGGGAUUAUGGAAUUGUAUGGUUCAGACAUAGAGCCACAACCCAGCUCAGUGAAUUUCAUAGAAAACCCUCCAGAUCUCAGUGAUUCCAACCAAGCUCAAGUGGAUGUCAAUGUCGACCUUGUAAGCCCAGAUAGCGGUCUGGCAACCAUUAGGAGCAGCCGUUCAUCCAAAGAAAGUUCUGUGUUCCUCAGUGAUGAUAGCCCAGUGGGAGAAGGUGUUGGUCACCACAGUCUACUCCCAGGUUUCGACUCUUACAGCCCCAUCCCUGAAGGAGCCGUUGUGGAAGAGCAUGCACGGUCUGGAGAACACAAUGAACACUUUGACCUCUUCCACUUUGACCCAGCACCCAUGGCUUCUGAGCAAUCUCAACCAUCAUCACAUUCUGCAGACUAUUCCCCAGAAGAAGACUUCCCCAACAGUGAUUCCUCAGAAGAACAGCUCCCUGCUGGGCCUAAAGAACUCGAUGAGAUGGGGAUCCACGUAUCCAAUUAUUCCUCUGGUUUCCUUUUGCCAGAGUCGGGUAAAGAUGGCCUGGUUGAAUUUGAUGAGGAGUUUGUUCAGAGACAAGAAAGCCUUGGGGAUAACUCUGAAAGAGAUUUGAGCAUUACAGGUUUUAUGGAAGAUGAAUCACCUUCCUCAGACAGGUUGAAAAACAUGGGAAGGAGGAUCCCACCAACUCCUAUGAAUAGCUUUGUGGAAAACUCACCAUCCACAGAAGAGCCCACCUCCCUCUAUACAGAAGAUGUAACUCAAAAAACCAUGGACGCAGGACACCUGAUGCCACCGCAGACCCGUACCCGCUGUAGCAGCUGGUGGGGUGGUUUGGACAUUGACUCUAAAAAUGUUGCAGAUGCCUGGAGUUCCAGUGAACAAGAAUCUGUCUUCCAGAGUCCUGAAUCAUGGAAAGACCAUAAGCCUACUCCAGUUGAUCGGAGAGCCUCCGAUACUGUAUUUCAACCACAGAAUCUUGAAUUCCCAGGGUCAGAUCCCUGGGAAUCUGAAUUUGCUCAGCAUGAACCAGGGAGCAAGGAUACUCAAGACCAGGAGGAAGAAACUGGACCACUGGAGAACCUGAGCACUGAGAAGUCACAUUUGCCACAGGCUUCUCCUGAGGGAACAAACCACCUGAUUGAAGACUUCGCUGCCCUGUGGCAUUCUGGUCGGUCCCCCACAGCCAUGCCUGAGCCUUGGGGAAAUCCAAUCGAUGCUACUGGCCCCACAGCUGCCAUGUCAUUCCCUGCCUGGAGUGCAUUUGAUAAAGAAGCCGAUCCUGAGUCUUUAAAAAAUACCUGGAAUAUUCACCCAACCACUGUGGAGACACCUUCGGUGAGGGAUCCCAGUGAGUGGGCAAUGGCCAAAAGUGGAUUUUCUUUUUCUUCAGAGGAUCUACUCCACACUCCACCAAGUGAGGCAAAUAAUGUCACAGCUCCCAAAGUAUGGGGCAGGAAAAACAAUGACUCCAGGGAUAAUGUCUGUGUGUCUGGAAAUUCCACUUCUAACCUGGAACAAACGUGGAAUAAUUUGAAGCCUCUAAGGGAAGAUCAGAAUGGCAUGGUGGAUUCUCUAGCUAGGGAAAAGGUAUAUAAGACAGUAGAUUCCUGGAACCUUUUUGAGGAGAGUGGUAAGAAAGGCAGUUCAGAUACUCUGGCUCCUUGGGAAGAUUCCUUCUUCUCCUAUAAAUGCUCUGAUUACAGUGCCUCCAAUGUAGGAGAGGAUUCUGUGCCAUCCCCUUUGGACACCAACUAUUCCACUUCUGACUCUUACACAUCACCAACAUUUGCUGGGGAUGACAAAGAAACUGAAAACAAGCCAUGUGCUAAGGAGGAAGCAUAUGAGUCAGAAGAUGUCCACUGUCCCACCGAGGAGGCUCAAGUCCCUGCAAUGUCCCCACAGCAGGCACCAAGAAAUCGAAUCAGUUCUGGUCCUGGGAACCUGGAUAUGUGGGCUUUGCCUCAGGUAGAUGACAGCUGCCAGGGAAAUGCCAUUGGUGACUCAGAUAAAGAUUCAUUCAAGACGGAGGAGCACACAGACACUAAAACUGUCUUCCUGGAGGAAGAUGAGGAAAGCAGCCCAUCCAGUUACGAUAACCCCAGCAUGAUGCAGCUGUACAAUGAAGCCAACCGCCAGCUCUCACUUCUGAACAGCAGCACCAACUCCAGGCAGGCAGCCCCUGACAGCCUCGACACAUGGAAUAGAGUCAUUCUGGAGGACACACAGUCGACGGCUACCAUUUCAGACAUGGACAAUGAGUUGGACUGGGAUGACUGUAGUGGGGGAGUGGCAAUUUCCAAUGAUGGUCAAACAGAGAGCUAUAUGGGGGAAAGUACAGAACCAGAGACCCGGUUUUCAGUGAAACAGCUAGAACCCUGGGGCACAGAAUACCAGGAAGCAAACCAGGUAGACUGGGACCUUCCUACCUCUGGGGAGCACCCCAGGGACCCUGCAUCCAAUGAAUGUUACCCACUGAGUGAGAAGAGUGGGCAGUUCAUUGCCAACAAUAUAUGGGAUUCUGUCAUGAGCAAUAAAGACAUGUCAUCACUCAGAUCACCAGACCCAGCAGGUGUUAUGGAUUCAGCACAAAGCAAUGUUCCUCCUGAAAGUCCCAAUCAUUCCUCAGAUGGGAAAGACAGUCAUAUCCCAAAUUUGGGAGAUGCCUCUGGGAUCAGCGAGUCACCUCCACUUACACCUCCUCCAUCUGACAACCAAAACACGUGGACAGGGACUGUCCAAGCUGAUGCCACGUCCUUGACAACCAGGCUUGAGAAUCCAGGACAUUUUUCACAUGCAGAUCCCUGGGUAGUUCAUAGCUAUGGACAAAGUGAGGGAGAGGAUGAAGCCCUGGGACCCUCUAGCCCAGAGCCCCUGGAUAAAGAGGAAGUAAUAGGCUCAAGGCUGAAGAGUGACUUGGAGGUUUCUGGAAAAGGGUCUGGUGAUCAGACACUCUUUUCUCCAGUUAACUCUGAACCUCAAGAAACCUGCACCGAAUCAGGCAAAAUCAGGUCUCUUUCAGUUAAUUGUAGUCCUCAGGCUGAGGAAGCAGAGGAAGAUUUGUGCUAUGAGAAAGUGUCUUAUGAUAGCUUCUGUUGCGAUACCCAAAUAGAGAUGUCUACUGGAAAAUUUCAGACAAAUGAGGCCUAUAAAGAGCCCCUCAUGAAUCACAGAAAUUCACUUGAAACUACUGAAGCUUCUGGUGAUAGGGAAAUAACAAAAAAUGCAUCUUUAUCUGAACAUGAUGUGAAGGAAACUGAGGAAUGUAAUAUUCUAGAAACAGAAAGCGUGAACAAGGAAUAUCCUCAUGAGUGUCCUCAAAGCCUUGAUGUUUGUGACAGCCCUGUGGAUGGUGAACUAAGGGACAAUCACAUAGAUUCUGAGAUUAUGAAGAAUCUUGAUGGUGACAGUAUCGCAAGAAGCCUGCCACGAGCCAGUUUGACUGGAAAUCGGGACAGAGACAGCGUUUCUAGUGAGCGUACUCACUCAAGUACAUCGAGUCCUGACCUAAAUGAUUCUUUAGCUGCUCUGUCUUCCUGGGGUCAGGGACUUAAUACUGAGCAUCAGGUAGAGAAUCAAGAUAGUAGUGAACAAAUCUGCCCAGACUCUGAACUCAGUAUCAUUGAGGGUCAAGAAAAAGACAUUUCUGAAAUGAUAGACUUAGAGGAAAACAGAAUGGAUAACUCUGAAAGUAACUUUGGUCACAUGGUUUCCAAAUUUACAGAGAUUUGGACUGAAUCAGUAGAUGGUGAUUCCUUAUCCUCUUUAUCCAGCCCAGAAACAGGAAAAUAUUCUGAAUAUUCAAGUGUGUAUCAGGAAAGAAAUCCCAUCAUGAGUCAUCAGGAGAGAGAUGAAUGUGACAUUGCACAGCCAGAAGAUGCCAGAGUCACGUCCGCAAGCUCAGAUUCUAAGGAUGAUAGUGUAGGCCAUGAAGAGCCAGUAGAGAAGGACAUCCAUUUGACUGAUACUCAAGUCACUCAGAGUGCAUCCAGAACUUGGGAUUCAAUGAAUGAAUCUAAGUUUUUAGCAGCAGAGGCUCCCAAGUCUGAGGAGUUUUCUGAUUACAUAAGCAGUUCAGAACCAAUAGAGAAGGAGAACACAAACCCAUUCUGUAACAAUCAACAGAGCAGCCCUGUUCAGUGGAAUGAGUCGCCACACUCUGAGCCUGAUGUACAGAUCACUGCAGCAAAGAAGGAGACGGGCUCUUCCCCAUCUACAGUAAAGACAGGAGAUGAUGUGUGGCAAAUACCUCCCAGAAGUGAGCCAAACAACGCAGUUGAUUCUAAACUGGAAAUGCUUGGCUUCUCAGCUGAGAAUCAGGAGUGGUGGAAUGCCCCUCCACCGGAAGGCAGAACCAUUGAGAGUGCAUUGGAAGGGAACCCAUCUGACUCCAGCUGUGGGGUAGAGAUGAAUUCUUCAAUCUACCAAGAUGUGGGUCCUUGGGGAGAACCCAUUAGAAGUGAUACUGAAUCCAUGGAAACAUACAAUACCAAUCCUUUCAGUGAUAAAUUUCAGUCACCCUUCCUGGCUAGUCCUGGAGACAAUUCCCAUGAAGAACUCUGGAACAUUCAACCAAAGCAGCCUGACCCAGAUGCUAAUCAAUUUAGUCAGCUUGUAAUAUUGGAUCAAGUUAAAGAAAAGGAUUUCAGAGAGCAAACCUUCAUGUCAUCUGCUGGGGAUGAGCUCCCUUCUGAAACCCACACCCAAGAACCAUGUCAGAAUACCAUGUUAUCUGUCUGGGAACAGAAAGACCCAGCAUUUACUCAUAUGGAUGAAAAUGAACGUGUGGUAUCUAAUGUUUCAACUAGUGAGUGCCAAGGAGCAAAUUGGUGGGAACAAGGAAAGUAUCUCAGUGAAAUGACACCCUCGAAUAUUGCCACAGAAAAUCAUUCUGAUGUUAGAUUCCCCUCAGAGUUGAUGAGAAAACCAGGCUCUGAAUGGAAUAGCCCUGUUCAUACUGAGGGUCCCCAAGGUACAUUUGCCCCAGAUAUUUUACAUGGUAACUUCCACCAGGGUAGGCGGCUGGCCUCAGCUUCACCUGACUUGUGGGUGGAUGUCAAGCAGCCCUUCACUGUCAAAGCUGAUGGGGAGAAUCCUGAUAUACUCACUCACUGCGACCAGGAUGGCAGUUCUCAGGCUUCCAACAGCCCUGACAUAUGUCACAAUUCUGAAGUAAAGCAAGAGGCAGAACUGCACAUCAGUGUCCACAUGGGACCUGAGGUAGAAUCCAGUGAGUUUUGUUGCACAGAGCAAAAGAGAAAUGAAGAGCCCAAGCCAGAAUCUGGGCAGGAAUCCUUCCCAAACAAUUCAGAAUGCUAUUGUGAAAAGGCAAUCCCUCUGCCUCUGAUCAGUAACCAAGCACACGUAAGUGACUCAUUGCAGCCAGCCUUUAGUGCAGGUUCUCUAGAGCCUUCUGAAAUGAGUAAGGAAGACAAUGCAGGUUUGAAAAUAUCAGGAGAAGAAGCCAUGCCAGACACAGCACCAAUUUUGGAACUUGUUGACAGAACAAUCCCAAGGAUUGAAAAUGUGGGAACUGACAUUUUUGUGACUGAUCAGGUUCCAACUGAGGAAGGCCACAGCUCUUGGGCAGCAGAGGACUUUUCUCCUGAAAGUCAGACAGAUGCAAGAGCCUCAUUUGCUGGGGAGGAGCCUUUGGCUCCUGAGAGUCCUGUUGCAGUUGCUGACACCUUGCUGGCCUCAAACAUCUGCCUGGAUGUGAGCGAGGCUGCCUAUGACCACAGUUUCAGUGAUGCCUCAGGUCUCAACACUUCUACGGGAACAAUAGAUGACAUGAGUAAGUUGACAUUAUCAGAAGGCCACCUGGAAACACCAGUGGAUGGGGAUGCAGGAAAGCAGGAUAUCUGCUCUUCUGAAGCCUCAUGGGGUGAUUUUGAGUAUGACAUCAUGGGCCAGACUAUCGAUGAGGACUUAAUGAAAGAACCUGAACACUUCCACUAUGGCGGCGACCCUCUCUUGGAGGAAGAUGGUCUGAAGCAAUCGCUGGCUCCUUAUACACCUCCCUUUGACUUAUCCUACCUCACAGAACCUCGCCACAGGCCUGAGACAAUGGAGGAAGCUGGAUCUCCAGAGAAUGUGUCUCUGGGGAGUGAGGCAGCUGAGAUGUUGCUUUCUGCCCUUCCCGAUCAGAAUGAGGGAAGACACACUGAGGUCAAAAGCAGGCAGGCUGAACACCAGCGCGUUGUGCUGCAUAUUCAUGAAGAUCCUGCCUUCAUUUCUUUGCCUGUAGCAAGAACAGGUUCCAACACAGAGUCAUCCCCAUCAAAUAUUGACUGGGAUAUUGAAACAGAUAAUUCUGAUUCACCAGCAGGUGGAGACAUGGGACCACCAAAUGCUGUCAGCAAUGAAGUAUUAGAGUCCAAAGAAAUGACAAUUCCCACCACAGAGCCUGAGGAGAUAACAUCAGAAUACAAAGAACGAUGCACAGAAAAGAAUGAAGAGCAUCUGUCACCCCACGUGGAUUAUAUUCUUGUAAGCCAUGACCAACACUCACUCCUGGAAGCAGAGGACUAUGAGGCACAUGAAAACACAUCCAAACUAGAAAACUUGCACAUAGGUUCUGAAGAAACGGGGCUGGCAGGAUCACAAUUAGCAAGCAUCGCAGACACGUGUCAGCCAGCCUCCUUUACACUAGAGUCCAUGUCUUCUAAAGAGAAUGAGAGGUCAUCUCUCAAGAGCCCUGCACAAGACCAGAGUUGGAUGGUCUUGGGCCAUAGUGAGGUUGGUGACUCAGAGCCUGCACUGUCUGGCAAGACUAUAGAGCAGAUUUUUGAUCCUAGUUUGGGCAAGAGCCUCCACAUGCAGACUCUGGGAGAAAUGAAGCCUCUAGAGUCUUUAGCACUAGAGGAAGUCAGCAACCAGGGCAGCCAACCAGGGAAGAGCAAGAGCCUGGGUCAGGCCAGCCCAGAUGAAGUUCUAUUGCAGGUGGUCAGCCAUGACAAUGAAUGGGAAAUGCUUUCACCACAGCCUUCUCAGAAAAACAAGAUCCCUGAACUGGAAGUGGAGGAGACAGAGUUCUUUGAACCAGUAACUGGGCAACCGAGAACAGAUGGACCCCUGUCAGAUGAUGUAGGAAUGGACCUCUCCUUUGAGGAGGGAGCGCUGAGUCCCAGCUCUGCAGACAUGAGGCCCGAACCACCUAAUUCUCUGGAUCUCAAUGGCACACAUCCUCGGAGAAUCAAACUCACAGCGCCAAAUAUCAAUCUCUCUCUGGACCAAAGUGAAGGUUCUAUUCUCUCUGAUGAUAACCUGGACAGUCCAGAUGAAAUCGACAUCAAUGUUGAUGAACUUGACACCCCUGACGAAGCAGAUUCUUUUGACUACACUGGUCAUGAAGAUCCCAUGGCCAACAAAGACUCUGGCCAAGAGUCAGAGUCUAUUCCAGAAUAUACAGCUGAAGAGGAGCGGGAAGACAACCGGCUAUGGAGGACGGUGGUGAUUGGAGAGCAAGAACAGCGAAUUGACAUGAAGGUUAUUGAGCCCUACAGGAGAGUCAUUUCUCAUGGAGGAGACUCAGGAUACUAUGGGGACGGUCUAAAUGCCAUCAUUGUGUUUGCCGCCUGUUUUCUGCCAGACAGCAGUCGGGCAGAUUACCACUAUGUCAUGGAAAAUCUUUUCCUAUAUGUGAUAAGCACUUUAGAGUUGAUGGUAGCUGAAGACUAUAUGAUCGUGUACUUGAAUGGUGCCACCCCAAGACGGAAGAUGCCAGGGCUGGGCUGGAUGAAGAAGUGCUACCAGAUGAUUGACAGGCGGUUGCGCAAGAAUUUGAAAUCAUUCAUCAUUGUUCAUCCUUCCUGGUUUAUCAGAACAAUCCUAGCUGUGACACGACCUUUUAUAAGUUCAAAAUUCAGUAGUAAAAUCAAAUACGUCAGUAGCUUGUCGGAACUCAGCGGGCUGAUCCCUAUGGAUUGCAUUCACAUUCCUGAAAGCAUCGUCAAAGCUAGCUGCCUUUACAAUGAUCCAGAAAUGUCUUCGAUGGAGAAGGACAUUGACCUGAAGCUGAAAGAAAAGCCCUAGUCAGUUGGAGGCUGGAGGAAGAGGCCGCCUUUCACUUUGGAUUGGCUGACGUCUAUCUACCUGGAAGAGACAAGGCUGCUGUUACUUUUCUCCACCUUGCACUGCCUAAUGCCAUUCUAAAUUUCUUAGGGGAAAAACAGGAAGAGAAAUUGUUUACUCUUGAUGUGUGUUAUGGAGUUGUGUGCAUUUUCCUAUGUUGCCAAUUAUGUGCCUCAAAGAGUUUAGUUGAACCUUAGCAGGAAAAGUAGGACCUUCCUUUUCAAUAUUUUUGUCAUCCCUUGGUGCAGUAACACUUGGUUCCUUAGACGGAUGUUUACGACUAGGAAAAUUGCAAUCUACUGUUAAAUAUAAGUGGAUUUGUUGCUAUAAAUUAGCUGGAUUUCUCCUUGAUAAAUCAGUUUAGAUUUAUACUACACAGGGUUUGUUCUGGAAAGUUGAUCCCUGUGUAGCUCUGCUUUUUAAAAUGUUAAGCCCACUUAAAACAGCUGUAAAUCAGAUGCAUCAUCCAUCAAGGUCCCAUUUUAUUCUUGGCCACUCAGUUAACUUCUCAAAUGGAAGGCCAAGAAUUCCUCACUCACAUCCAUUUUUACUUUAAUUAUCAUGAUUGAAGUCAUUUCUCCAACAAAUGUUGACAAUCUUUAUAUUGCAUAAACUUCAAGAGGAGUGUUGCAUACUUUAGUCAUUGCUUAGGCCACAAACUAAGCUGAAGAAGUUACACUUUGAGUGUCCAAGGUGUACAUCUAAGGUAGCAUACUCAAAAAAAAAUUUAGUAACCUUCAGUCAUCUAAAUGUCCCUACCAUGUGCAUUUAAAAGCGAUCAUGUGAUCACAGAUUUAAAAUGGAAUGUGAGUAGAUGCUAUACGUCCUAAAAGAGUUCCUUUAUAGUUUUCACGUGCUCUUUAAAAUGCCGAAGUGAUUUCAAAUCUGGUAGUGGGGAGGGCUCUAGCAAAAAGCUGGCAAACUAUGCUAAAUGCCAAAGAUAUUUUUCAAAUUUGUGGUGGGGGAAAAAACAGAACUUAAAAAAUAAUUCCCUGACACAAGCAGAUUAUUCCAAUUUUAGUACCUACAAAUAGAACGUUGUUGAAACACAGUCACACCAAUUUGUUUUCUUACUGCCUGCAUCUACUUUCUCCUUACUGUGCAGAGCUGAGUAAACAACAGACCCAACAGUCACAAAGUGAAAACAUUUAUGAUCUCCCCAAGAGGUAGCUGAUCUGUGUUGUACCAAAUACACCUUUUCCACUCUGCCCAUCUUUGUAUUAUAGUCUCUCUAACAAAAUGGACAAAUGAGGCUGCCAACUAAUUUAUUUUUGUCAAAACAAGUAUUUGAAUCUAUUAACAGUGAAAUUAAAUACAUGGCUGGCUAAGAAAGAGAAGUCCUCAGUGUGCCAAGGCAUGGCAGACAUAUUUUGCCAGAUACAGAGUCCAAGCCUUCCUUGUAAGUUCCUCUUGAGCAGUUUCCUGGUGUUGCUAUGAGUCUUGCUUUACUCUGGGACCCAUUUUUAGUCUUCAGUGUAACCUGUUGCAGUAAAGCUGGUAUAUCUAAAAAUAGAAUGAGGAUCACCACCCUAAGCUCAUCAUGAUGACGACUUUAUGGGAAAGAACUGUCUGGAAUACUUUGAGCCCUCAGUCUCUUUGAAGUAGACAUCUUUGUACAAGUGACUUCAUUUGUUUCAUGUCUAUUUCCAACCUACCUGCCACCUCUGCUUAUACAGUGCAAUGGUUCAGCUGUCGUUCCUCCAUAAGCCUCCAUAGUUAUCUCUUACACCCUUUUGAUCCCUUCUAGUUCAGGAGCUCGUGGAAGUUUGUGUUCAUUUGGAUCAUCUUCCUCUCAACAUGGGUUAGUCUGAAAGACCCUAGGGCCAACCCAUUUCUCCCAUAUCUACCUUUGGAAGCCCAAAUGAUGCCUACCCACUAGGCAGAGUUGUCUUAAGUAUGGCUUACUCGACAUUCUGCUUUGUUCACUUCCAUAAUACACAGUGGCAUCCCUUGUUGGAAGGUGAAUCACAUGAUCCUUGUAGCAGUUUUGAACCUAUGAAGUAGCAAGGGGCCUAGUGUUUACCUUAGUGGUGCCAACCUGAAAAAUAAGGGGCUGGUGUAGGGCUCUUGUUACAACAACCAGACAUGGCAACAAUCUCAUCAUUCAUACUCUCUUUAGAACUUGAGCCACCUGUAUUUUAUGGAAGACUAAUCAGGUGAUAUGCUAUUCCACAUAGAAAUUAGAAGCAUCUUACUGAGUUAAUAAUUUUGUUUGGGCUGUUUUGUGGGCUACAAAACUAUUCCAAUAGCAUUAGGCAUUUGCUGUUUUAUUAUCUUUUAAAGGACAAAUUAAUUUUCAUUGCAUGUGCUAGACAAAAGUUACUAUGUAAAUUCCAUCUGAAUAAGUAGAAUCCUAGGCAAAUCCUGAGGAAAUAAUCCCUUGAUGUAAACGUCCACAUUACUCAGCUAUUGAACUCUUGCAUUCUAAGCAUUCUUGCUUUGGUUCAGACUUCUGGGAACUGCUUUGCACUUUUCCUGUAGAUUUUGCAGUUAAGGGAACUAAAGGGUCAUUGGGAGCAAAAGUACUGGUUUUACUCAAAAUGACAUGUGUUCUUCAGGUAGGUCAUGAUUUUGAGAAAGAACAAGAGUCUGUCCGGAAAAUGCUGUUGGGAAUGAGAAUAUUGGAGGGGAAUAGCUGAAAGAAAACCCUGGAGUUCCUGUUGAAGCCAUAUGAUAUUUUAUAGAGUUCCUAUCUAAGGGGUACUCUGAGAUGUGUCAGGAAGUCACCACCCCUAGCCUUUAUGAUUAAAUAUCAUUUUGAAGAUUCAGUUAUGGUACUAUGUUUGCCACCUUGACUUAUCAAAAUGCCUCAGUAGUUUGCUUCCUUAGAAACAUUAGGAUGUGCACAAAUUCAUUUUUUAUACACUUAAAGACUUUUCUACUGUGUAUGGGAUUGCUCAGAAUGAAAGUAUCAGGCCUUUUUUGGUGAAUAAAUUCUCCUCAAAUGGUAUAGAUUCAAAAUAUAAAAAGAUGUAAUUACACAAUAUGACUAUAUAGCCUCUCUGUAUACUUCAACAAUAAAAAUGGAUUCCAUGUGU